GAGAAACUCCAACAAUCCGCAGACUCACACAUUCAUAUGGAGAUUUGGGUGUAUAAAUACAGGGCUGGGGCAGACACUCCAGCUCAGAUUCAACUGACUCUUCAAUCCGAGCAGAAACGCUCUGACUCUUCAGCAAUGGCACCCACUGUUUUUCGUCAGGAAAGCAAGGGCCACCUGACUCCUGCUCAUAAGCUGAGAAAACCAAUGGUGGAGAAAUUGCGUCGGGACCGCAUCAACACCAGCAUCGAGCAGCUGAAGUCCCUCCUGGGUCCGGAGUUUCUGAGGCAGCAGCCCGACUCCAAACAAGAGAAGGCCGACAUCCUGGAGAUGGCCGUGUCCUACCUGAAGACCUGGCAGCAGCAGAAGCAGCACCAGCAGAACAGACUGGCCUCUGGCCUCAUGAGUGCCAGCGAUGGCUACUCCCGCUGCGUCCAGGAGGCCGUCAGCUUCCUGACCCACAGCGAGGCUCAGACCCAGGCGCACAGGAUGCUGCUCAGCCACUUCCAGGGUCUGCAGGGAUCCAGCAGGACCCCCCUCAGCCCCUGCUCCCCAUCUCCUCCAGGCUCUCCUCUUCAUCCGCUCAGCUCCACCAAGGGCGGCAGUCAUGCCAGAAGUGGUCUGUGGAGGCCCUGGUAGGACAGGAACUGUGAUGGACAGACUUGCUGCUUCCUCUGUGGUUGGGAGGAAUGUUUUUCAGCAUAUUUCAGUGUUGAGGCGUAUUUGGCACCAUGUGCUGCUGUUUGUUGGGGGGGUACUGAAAUUCUUCAGGUUUUUAGAUCAUAUGUACACCGUGUGUACAGAUGUUGCUUAUUAUUUGGAGUAUUUACUCCGUUGUGAUGUUCAUGUUACAUAUGAGCAAAGACGUAAUGUUGUAUUUGUUUUAUAAACAUGCUAAAGUACUGCAGUGUCUGAGACACAGUUUGACUUUUACUGUGAUACUGAGUAUCCUGACUGAUAUCUGUUUUCAGCUUGUUGCUGAUGAAUCAAAAAAGCCAUAAGUGGAUCCUGUGGACCCUUCUCUGCUGUAAAUCCAAUGUGGAUUAUAUAGAUUUUAUUUUUGAUGACUGUUUGUAUCCAUAUUUGGGCUUAAAGGUGAAGGGGUGUAAGUGACAUUCCUGACAGUACCUGUUCUUAUAGAUGAUGUUCAUCUGUUAGUGAAUACCUUUGAUAAAGGUCUUUUGUGAAGGCAGAAGUCUUUUCUAAAACGUUGUUAUGCUUCUCUGUGAAGUUUGCAUUUGAAAAAAGGGGGAAAAAAGCAAAGAACAAAUAAAAUACAACAAGUUUCUCUGAACUCA